AUGAAUGAGAAUUUAGAGGAACAAAAGAAAGGAAAGUAUAGACUAAUCGAUGAUGGUGAGGAUACUGAGUUAGGACAUUUCUAUAAGCCUCUUCCUUGUUUCGGUUGUGGAAUCGGAUGGUUCUCGUUUCUUAUUGGAUUCGUCUUCCCAUUUGCGUGGUACGUUGCAACAUUUCUGUAUUUCACUAACUAUUACCGUAGAGAUCCACGUGAAAGAUCUGGUCUCGCUGCCUCUGCUAUAGCUGCUUUGAUAUUCACCGUUGCACUUGUGAUCGCCGUUCUUGUACUUGUAUUCUCGGGUCGUUAG